ACAUAUCUUCUCCAACAAGUAGCUCCAUAAUAGAUCAAACAUGCAGAAUACAGAUCCUUGUCACCAUCAUCCGUCCAUCAGCUGCUUGUUGGAGCCUAAAGAUCCAAGAGAGGAAGAGAAAUGGGCGGCAGAGCUCAUCCAAGAGUGUGCAAAGGCCAUCGCCGAGAAGGAUUCCAGUAAGAUCCAUCACCUUCUUUGGAUGUUGAACGAGCUUGCGACCCCCUAUGGCGACUGUGACCAGAAGCUGGCGUCUUAUUUCUUGCAAGCUCUCCUUUGUCGAGCAACCGAGGCAGGAGAGCUCUGCUACACCACCCUGAUAUCGGCGGCGGAGAAGCAGCAGUCCUUCGUGACGGCGAGGAAGGUGAUGCUCAAGUUUCAGGAGGUGAGCCCCUGGACAACCUUCGGCCAUGUCGCGUCCAAUGGGGCCAUCAUGGAAGCCAUGGAAGGCGAAAGCAAGCUCCAUAUCGUCGACAUCAGUAACACCUACUGCACGCAGUGGCCGACUCUAAUGGAGGCCUUGGCGAGUCGUGGCAGCGACACGCCGCACCUGCGGCUCACUGUGGUGGCGAUGGUCAGCAUGGGCGGAUCGGUCAUGGACGAGAUAGGACGGAGGAUGGUGAAGUUCGCGAGAUUGAUGGGAGUGCCGUUCGAGUUCCGUGUGGUGAGCAUCGCGUCGACGCUAGACCAGCUGACCGAGGAGGAGCUGGGGCUGCGGAAGGACGAGGCCGUCGUGGUGAACUGCGUCGGGGCCCUGAGAAGGGUUCGCGUCGAGGAGAGGGACGCGUUCAUGCGCAUGCUCUGCGCGCUGCGGCCUCGGGUGGUGACGGUGGUGGAGGAGGAGGCCGACUUCACCACCUCGAAAGGCGACUUGGUGGCCUGCUUCGAGCAGUGCGUGAAAUUCUACAGCAUCUUCCUGGGAAUGCUGGAGGAGAGCUUCUCGCCCACCAGCAACGAGAGGUUCCAGCUGGAGAAGGAGUGCUCGAGGAGCAUACUGGGUGUUCUUGCCUGCAACGGCGGUGGCGUCAGCGAGAGGAGGGAAAAGGCAAGCCAAUGGUGCGAGAGACUGACGGAGGCCUUCGCGCCGACCGCUUUCAACGACGACGUGAUCGGCGACCUGGAGGCGCUGCUAGAGAGGUACAGAGAAGGGUGGUCACUGGUGCCAGCAAAAGGCAACGCCGCAGGACUCUACCUGACAUGGAAAGCGGAACCAGUGGUGUGGGCAUCUGCUUGGAAGCCAAUCAAACCUUAAACCUUCAACAUCAAGUCUCUUCUCCAUUAGCUUCCAUCAUCAACAUCGACAUCUUCUGCAACUGCAUGUGAAGUCUAAGUGGUCGCAAUCUCAGAACACAACAUGUUCAGUAAUCAGAGCAUUAAGAUUGCAUGAUUUGGCUUCGUUAUGUCAUGAACUCAGAGUGCCUUCUCUCCUUAGAUGUUCUAACAUGACCGACACAGUGAAAUGGACGCCCACUCAGAUCCAAUCUGACAUUUUGGUGGGAGAAUUUAGUGGGAAACAGCUCUUUUAGGAUUAGCAAGCUUUGCUUGUUGGUACCUCCCAAACAU